GACACACUGCUAAGAUAGAGCUUCUCCAAGUUUCCAUUUCAAGAGGUACAAUAGACUAGAACUGAAAGAGACACUUAUUGGGAUUUGUUUGCAGGAGAAAUCAGAAGCCAUGAGUUGGCUUGCUUUAAGAGCUGCGGGAGUUCUGGUCAUUUUAAUGGUGGUGGUAGAGGUCAACUGUACAUUCUGGGUAGAGGUAAAAGAACAAAAUGAAGAAAGUGGCACAGCCUUGCAGAAGCCCCUCAGAAGAUAUAAACGUGAAUGGGUCAAAUUUGCAAAACCUUGUCGAGAAAGAGAAGACAAUUCAAAGAGGAAUCCAAUUGCUGUUAUUACUUCAGAUUUUCAAAAAAACCAGAGAAUUACAUAUCAUAUCUCUGGAGUGGGAAUUGAUCAACCCCCUUAUGGUAUCUUCAUUGUUAACCCCAGAACUGGAGAAAUUAACAUAACAGCAAUAGUUGAUCGAGAGGAAACCCCAAAGUUCCUGAUUACCUGUCGGGCUCUAGAUGAAAGGGGGAGAGAUGUAGAGAAGCCUCUUAUACUUACAGUCAAAAUCUUAGAUGUCAAUGACAAUCCUCCAGUGUUCUCACAAAGCAUAUUCUAUGGUGAAAUUGAAGAAAACAGUGCAGCAAAUACUCUGGUAAUGGUGUUAAAUGCAACAGAUGCUGAUGAACCAAAUCAUAUGAAUUCCAAAAUUGCCUUCAAAAUAAUCUCACAAGAGCCUCCGGGACAACCCAUGUUCCUCCUAAACAGACAUACUGGGGAAGUGCAUUCAAUGACCAAUACUCUUGAUAGAGAGAAAUACAGCAAGUAUAGCCUGCUUGUAAGUGGUGCAGAUCUUGAUGGAGCUGGACAAGCAACUGAAUGUAGUUGUCAAAUUACGAUUAAAGAUGUUAAUGACAAUUUCCCAUAUUUUAAAGACUCACAGUAUUCAAUAAAGAUUGAAGAAAAUAUGCUUAGUUCUGAAGUGAUUCGGUUUCAAGUAACAGAUCUUGAUGAAGAGUUCACAGAUAAUUGGUUUGCUGAAUAUUUCUUUACCUCUGGAAAUGAGGGGAAUUGGUUUGUAAUAGAAACUGAUCCAAAAACCAAUGAAGGAAUCCUGAAAGUAGUUAAGGCUCUGGAUUUUGAACAAUUUCAAAAUAUGCAACUUGUUUUAGCUGUUAAAAACAAGGCUCCAUUUCACCAGUCAGUUAUUUCUCUGAAUCGAAUUCAGUCAAUUCCCAUCAAAGUCACAGUUAUAAAUGUAAAAGAGGGUAUUGCAUUCCAUCCUACUUCAAAAACUUUUACAGUUAAGAAAGGCAUAAGUUAUAAAAAAUUGAUCGGUUAUGUUCUUGGAACAUAUCCAGCCAUUGAUGAAGAUACUGGCAAACCUGCAUCUUUUAUCAGAUAUGCAAUGGGACGUAAUGAUGGUGGUUUCUUAGUCAUUGAUUCAAAAACUGCUCAAAUUAAAUUUGUCAAAAACAUUGAUCGAGAUUCAACAUUCAUAGUCAAUAAGACAUUAACAGCUGAGAUUCUGGCAAUAGAUGAUAGCACAGGAAAGACAUCAACAGGCACCAUAAUUGUUAAAGUGCCCGAUUUCGAUGAAAAUUGUCUUAAAAUUUCCGCUAACAAGGAAACGGUUUGUCGUACAUCUGCAUCAGUUAUUGUCACAGCUAAGCCUCUGCAAAACCAGCCAUACAUUCAACCCUUCAAAUUUUCCCUAGUUGAACAGCCUGUGGGGACUCCAGCAAUAUGGAGCAUUACAGCAAUAAAUGAUACCUCUGCAAUUUUGAGAGCCCAGAAAACACUAUCUACUGGAACAUAUCCACUGUCUCUCAUAGUUACAGACAGGCAAGGUAUGAGUUGUGAAAUACCCGAGACUCUGGAAUUACGAGCCUGUGACUGUGAUGAGAACCAAAAGUGUGUUGAGAAGGUUCCCUUCCCAAAACCUGGUGAUACUAAUAGGCAAAGAGGGAAACCAUCAGUAAGCCUUGGUCCUGCUGGCAUUGGUCUACUGCUUCUUGGCCUUUUGAUGUUGUUGUUGGCCCCCCUUCUGUUAUUAUUUUGUGACUGUGGGGCAGGAGGCCUAGGUGGUGUUGGAUCUGGAUUUGUUCCUGUGCCAGAUGGGUCUGAAGGUACAAUUCACCAAUGGGGAAUAGAAGGUGCCCAGCCACAAGAUAAGGAGAUCACAAAUAUUUGUGUGCCUCCAAUAACAGCCAAUGGAACCGAAUUUAUGGAAAAUUCUGAAGUUUGUACAAAUGCAUAUGCAGCAGAGACCAUCACAGAAGGAACUUGUGGUAUAGAAUUAAUGACCAGACUUAGAGCAGCUUCCGGAUCAGGAGGAACUGCAGGCUUGGGAGGUACUGGGUAUUCUGGAACAAUGAGGACAAGACAUUCCACUGGAGGAACCAUUAGAGAAUGUGCUGAAGGACCAAUCAGUAUGACUUUCUUGGACACCUAUUUCUCUCAGAAAGCAGUUGCCUGUGCAGAAGAAGAAGAUGAUCAAUUAGUAAGUGACUGCCUCUUAGUUUAUGAUGAUGAAGGAGUAGAACCUCCUAGUUCUCCUGUAGGAUGUUGUAGUUUUAUUGCAGAUGAUUUAGAUGACAGCUUCUUGGAUUCAUUAGGGCCAAAAUUUAAGAAGCUGGCAGAAAUAAGCAUGGGUAUUGAUAAUGAAACUAAACCCUCUGAGGCACCUGGGAAAACAACUACAACUGAAACUUCUGGAUCAGUGUCAGCAUGUGCCACAUCUACAAAUGUUACCUGUCAGCCUACCACCAAUGUUACCUGUCAGCCUACCACCAAUGUUACCUGUCAACCUGCUACAGGAACAACUUUCUAUAGCAAUGGAACUUCAACUCUCUCUGCUUCUGGUUCUGUCUUGGUGCCUGCAAUUCCAAUACCUGAUCCUUUGCUCCAGGGUAAUUUUUUGAUGGGUGAAUCUUAUACUGCUUCUAGUUCAUUCUUGCAGCCUUCAAAUGUAGUCUUUGAUUCUCAGCUCACAGAAAACAUGACAGUGACAGAAAGAGUAAUUUGCCCCAUUUCAAAUGUUUCUGGAAUUCAAGGCAACCUGCAUGGUCCUACUCAGUGCUGCUUAUCUGAACCUACUCAGUGCAGCUUACCAGGUCCUACUCAGUGCAACUUACCUGGUCCCACUCAGUGCAGUUUACCUGGUCCCACUCACUGCAGCUUACCUGGUCCCACUCAGUGUAGUUUACCUGGUCCCACUCAGUGCAACUUACCUGGUCCCACUCAGUGCAGUUUACCUGGUCGCACUCACUGCAGCUUACCUGGUCCCACUCAGUGCAGUUUACCUGGUCCCACUCACUGCAGCUUACCUGGUCCCACUCAGUGCAGUUUACCUGGUCCCCCUCACUGCAGCUUACCUGGUCCCACUCAGUGCAACUUACCUGGUCCCACUCACUGCAGCUUACCUGGUCCCACUCACUGCAGCUUACCUAGUACUACUCAACUAGCAGGAUCAUGUAAUAUGACUUGCACAAGAGAUUCAUGCUCUUGAUAGAUAUGACCAAAAAUAAAUGGGAUGGAAUAAUGAGCAAACUUGGCCAUUUUAACUUAUUAUAUAGUCCCAAAACAUUAUUGGCUAUUUUUAUCCAAUGAUUAGGAUUACAACCCAAAUCUUAAACUCAGACAAUAAUAAGUUGUUACAGUUGAUGUAAAAAUAUUAUUUAAAUUAAGACAUCAAAAAUUAUGACACCAGAAAAAACUGUGUGAAGAAGCUUUGAAUCAUUUUCUUUUUGCAGUACCAAUAAGGGCAGCAUAACAUAGUACAUAAAGAACCAACAACAGAGACAAGAAUACUUGAGUUUCAGUUUCCUCUGACAUAUAACUUGCUCUAUGACUAUGGAGAAGUCAAUUAAUUUCACAGUCUGAGCAUAUUACUCUCUAAGACACUAAGUUACAAACAGAUGUCUCAUAUGUAUUGGUGGAGUGAAUUUCCAGACCAGGCUUUCCUUAAUCUUAUAAAAUUAGAGGUCCUAUCAAAAAAGAAUUAAUUAAGGCAAAAUUAAUAGACUCCAAAAGCAAUUUAGAGAGUUUAGAGAAUUCAGUCCUUCCAACUUUGAAGGAAGGACAACUGAAGUUUCUUCUUGAUUGUCACCCUUUCCUAUGCCUUAUUGUGUUGUGGCAUCAAAAGCUGUUUUCAAAAGCACAUUUAGCUUCUAGGAGAGAAAAAUAUGAAUUUCAAUGUAAUCCUAUCAUCUCUUGGUGCUUGGAGAUAAUAUUUCUGUAAUGUAUACAUGAAGCCACAGUUAUUAAGCACUGAGCUUUUGGUACAUUUCUUAUAAUGAUCAGAAAAAUAAGUAAAUUAUAUAGUAAGGACAUAAUGACAUUUAGGAAAUUUCAGAAGUCUGUAAGCAAACUGCGAGCAAUAGUUAACAUACUCUAUCACCUUAAAAAAAAUCCAAAGAUUCCAUCUUAUACUUGAUACAUAUGAUCUCAAAUUACUUCUCAUAAAUGAUAGAGGUAAGCAUGGUAAUAGUUUUUUUAAAAUGGCUUCAUUUUAAAAAGUGUAAGUGGAAAGAUGUCAUUUAUCUUGUGGUCAGCUACUGACAUAAUGAAAUGACACAAGGGUUCUCAUAAUUUCAUGGACAUCCUAACUAACAUUUUAGGAAACUUCAUCACCAAAUCAUCUUCUGAUAAAUUACACACUUGUGGCAAAGCAUCAACAAGGACCACUUCUUAAAUUCUAGUGGCAAUAAAAAGCUCUACAGCUUUGAUGAAUGUAGCAUUUGUGUGCCCUGUCAAAACCAGGUCAGUUGAGUUUUGAAAGGUUAGAAUAUAUUGCCAUGAAGUUGAAUGUUGUUUUUAGUUUUUCAAGCCUUUCUACUCAUUCAAAAAAUUCAGCCUUUAGAUUAUGCAGAAUAUGCAGAUUAACAUCACCCACCCACCUUUUUAUACAUAUCCUUACCUUAUUUGAGACUCUAAAGAUUAUUAUCAAAUUGCAUUACUUCCAGUUUUUCCCUAAGUUUCUAGACACAGUCAUGCAAAUAUGUUGUUGCUUUCUUUAGAUUCAAUUCAAAGGAAUAGAAUUUGAGAACUGCUUAUUUUAGGAUUGUAGAACUGUUCUCUAGAGGAGAACACCAACUCUAGGAUUCAUAGAGGAGAAUGGACACCUUGCAGCUCUGUGCCCUUAAUAAAUGUUUGAGUGAAUACAUGAAAGAUAUUCGGUCCAACUCAAUAAAUAUUUACUGAAGGUCUUCUCUGGAGUCAUACCCACUCUACUCUUUCAUCAUAGAAGUAAAAAUCUUUGCCAUACCCCUGUGAAUAUAACAGCAGAAAUCAAGAGAAAGCUGACACAACAUUGCCAUUAAAAAGAAACUGGAUAUAGGGAACAUACAACUUUGGUUCUAUGUACAUGAAAGUAUACAAUGCUUCAUCAGUGGCUAAAAUGUCUAUCUGGGAACCUUCAGGGUCUCUUUACCUCCUUCCUAAUCCUAGAAGACCAGAUGUUUAUAUAACAUUAUGUACAUUAACAAGAAAGAGAAGAAAUAAAAGGAAUUGCAUAGCAUAAUAAAGAGUAUUGGAUUAGAACCAAAGAUAUGGAUCACAGUCUUUCUCCAUCAUUAACCUGCUUAUGAUUUUUCUGUAUCUUCUUUUGGCCUCAGUUUCUCUAUCAGCAAAAUUAGGUGGUUGGACUAGAUGAUCUAUAGGUCCUUUCUGGUUCCAUAGUUUUAUGAACAUUCUGAGGGGAAAGAUUUCUAUUUGUUGUGGGAGGUAGAAUGUUGUUUAAAUAAAAUGUUUAUGUAAAUGAAAAAUUAAGAUGAACUGUGUGUUAAACUGAAAAAGUACUGUUCUUUCAGUUUGUAAUUUAGCUUUAAAUUUCCAUGUUGAAUUCAAUUCAACGCUAAAAUGUUGCUUUUGGGGGGGGGGGGUGCUUUUUUCACCAAAGUAAAAUUUGAGAUAAAGGCAACAAAGAAAAAGUGUGAUAUGUUUAUUUGUAUGUAUUAUUAAUUCUAAAUAGAAAAUGUGUAUCCUUUAACAAUGGAACUUUGUUAUAUUAAAAUAUUUUUGCCAAA